CCUCUUUCAGGGAGGAAUCAGCAUGACCUCUAUUCAAAGCAGAAAAACACAUCCAGGUUUCUCAUUUUGAACCUAUUGCUUCAACCUCAGUUGUAGCCAAACUAUUAAUUUCAAGACAAUGAAACGACUUCCAUUGCAUCGUUGAUUAUCUUUUCAGAAAUAACUGAUUUUGAAACAUGUAGAUAAGAAAAUUGGAAUGAUACUUUGCAUUGCAAGUACACUGUUUUAGCAGGCUGUGGUAAAGUGGCUAACUGAUGUGAAAAUGAAACGGUCUGAUGCGCAUCAACAGAGCAAGGCAAACCACAGAAGUUAAACUAGGCCCAGAGUGUAAAAUGCAUUGGGUACUUUAGUAGGUUAGAAUUCUAUAUUUUAUAUAAAGUGGUUAAUGAGUGUGCUUUGCAGAGUAGCUAAAAAAGAAACGGUACAACUUGCAUAUGAACAGCGUCCCGCAGCCACACCUAUUAGUGUUUCUACAGCUCAGUAGCUCUGCCUGGCCUGUGAUCAGCCUGCUCUUCAUGGAGAGAAGAAGAAGUGUUAUUGUGUUGUUGACUGUACGUUUGUUUAUCCCAUGUGUCACUCUGUGUUGUUUUUGUCGCACUGCUUUGCUUUAUCUUGGCCAGGACGCAGUUGUAAAUGAGAACUUGUUCUCAACUGGCCUACCUGGUUAAGUAAUGGUGAAAUAAUGUAUAUAGUUUUAAAAGUGAAAACAUGAGUAGAACAUGGAGUUUACAAACAUGUCCUCACCCCAUACUCUGAGAGUUUUAACAUCUACUGGUGGGCUUCCAAUGUGGAUGAUGCUUCUUCACCUCUACAGAAGCUAUGUUGUUGCAGAAGACAUCAGAGUAGUUGGACGAGUAGGAAACUCCAUAUUCCUUCACCCUAAAAUGCACUUACACGCCAAGAUCUCUGACAUAAGAUGGAAACAUGAUAAUACAGAUAUGUUAAUAGCUAGAAAUGGUACGCUUGUUAAUUUAAUGGAUAGGUGUGAGAUCUUUCGAAAUGGUUCACUGAAGUUUAAUGAAGGACUGAAAAGAGACAGUGGAAAUUAUACUGUUCAACAAUACAGUGAAAAUGGAGGCCAUUUAUCCGAGCGGCACAUUGAGCUCAGUAUUCUAGAACCUGUUUCCAAACCAAAGGUGAGAACCUCCUGUACUUUUGAUGGGAGAGUUGUUCUGACCUGCUCUGUUGACAAAGGAGACAGAGUUGUGAUGAUCUGGACCGAGCAGCCAUUUGCCUGGACAGGGUCCAAUCAGACCCUGAGCUCAGGUCCUGUUCUAUUCCUGGACAGCCAUACGCCUGGAAACCUGACCUGUGUGGCAAUGAACGAAAUAAGUGAGGAAGGCUUCAGCCCAGCUGUCCCAACAUGCAGAGGUCACAGGUCAGCUGUGGCUGCAUUUGGUCUCUUUGCAUUUGCACUGACGACACUGGCCGUCGCCAUUCUACAUUUGAAGAAGAGGCGUCAGAAAAAGAAAAAAGGUCAAAGUCAGACUGAAUAUGUGGAGGAGAACAACUACAUUGAGAUGCGUGGGGAUUUAUGCAACAAAUGGCCACAGGAGGAGACCACAAUCCACCCAGACCAAGACACCUCCCAUUACGAAUUCUGCAGACCUCUUGCACCUGCUUCCAGCCAGAGAAAGAGACGACUAUCACUGGAGUUGAAUGAUAUCUAUGUAUGAAGAACAAUGUGUUAAUGGCAUUACAUUUCAAUAGUAUCGAUUUGUUUUCCAAUGUGAAGUAUGCAACUUCGCACCAUAAUUACUGAUCAUUUUUUACAAUUCAUUAUGGUGUAUUUCUGCGAUAGAUUUAUUUUUGUUGCAUAGUCGUAGAGCCUAGAGAAGCGACAUAUAGGGCAUUACUUCACCUGUAUUUUGAUAUUGUAUCAUACCCGUACUGACUUCAUUAUCAGACUGGACCACUAGGUGGAAGCAUUACAGUAUGAUAAAGAAACAUGGUGACGAGAGGUGAGAAGAAACAUCACAGGAUUACUGUCAUUACAUCAAUAGUUGUUUCAAAACAUAUGUACGCUGCUGGGACGACUGUAAAUUAUUCCAUUUCAAACUGUUCUAGUUAUUAUUGUCUACUGUUUGUUAAACUUCAAAAUGUCCAGAUAAAAGACUCCUGAGUGGCACAGCGGUCUAGGGCACUGUUUCUCAGUGCUAAGGGUGUCACUACAGACCCUGGUUUGAUUCCAGGCUGUAUCACAACCGGCUGUGAUUGGGGGUAGCUAUCUCUCCAGUAACAGGGUUGGAGUUAAAACCUA